UCUGAGUGGUGCUGGGCUAAUUUUCUCUUUCUUCCUCUCACCUCUCAGUCAAAAGAUCAGCCAGAUUAUGGAUUGUCUUCCCGGAUCUCCUCAUCCCCUACCCACAGCCUCUAUGUCUUUGUGAGAAAUUUUGUGUGCAGAAUUGGGGAAGACUCUGAGCUCUUCAUGUCUCUGUAUGACCCCAACAAGCAAGCCGUCAUAAGUGAGAACUACCUGGUGCGAUGGGGCAGCAAGGGCUUCCCGAAGGAGGUCGAGAUGCUCAACAACCUGAAGGUGGUCUUCACGGAUCUUGGAAACAAAGACCUCAACAGGGAUAAAAUUUACUUGAUUUGUCAAAUAGUCCGAGUUGGGAAGAUGGAUCUGAAGGACACUAAUAUGAAGAAGUGCACACAGGGACUGAGGCGGCCCUUUGGGGUGGCAGUUAUGGAUAUAACAGACAUCGUCAAGGGGAAAGCAGAGAGUGACGAAGAGAAGCAGCACUUCAUUCCUUUCCACCCGGUGACAGCUGAGAAUGACUUCCUGCACAGUCUGUUGGGCAAAGUCACGACCUGCAAGGGAGACAGCGGAGGGCAAGGCCUCUGGGUGACCAUGAAGAUGCUCGUGGGGGACAUCAUUCAGAUCCCCAAGGACUACCCCCACCUGGUGGACAGGACCACCGUGGUGGCCAGGAAGCUGGGCUUCCCCGAGAUCAUCAUGCCAGGGGAUGUCAGAAACGACAUCUACAUCACUCUCCUACAAGGCGACUUUGACAAGUACAACAAGACCACACAGAGGAACAUGGAAGUGAUCAUGUGUGUGUGCGCGGAGGAUGGCAAAACGUUGUCUGUAAGGACCCCUGCUGUCGCUCUGGGUGACAAGGCCCCCCUUGGNGAAUAUCGGUCCAUAGUGUACUAUCAAGAACGGUGGAUGGAAACAGUCAAGGUGGCUGUCCCCAUCGAAGGCAUGCAGAGGAUCCAUCUGCGAUUCAUGUUUCGACAUCGGUCAUCCCUGGAAUCUAAAGAUAAAGGAGAAAAGAACUUCGCCAUGUCCUACGUGAAGCUGAUGAGGGAAGACGGGACCACUCUGCAGGACGGAUACCACGACCUGGUUGCCCUAAAGGGGGACAGCAAGAAGAUGGAGGAUGCCAGCGCCUGCCUGACUCUGCCUUCAUAUCGGCACCACAUGGAAAACAAGGGGGCCACUCUGAGUCGAAGCUCCAGCAGUGUUGGGGGGCUCUCCGUCAGCUCCCGGGAUGUGUUUUCCAUUUCCACCCUAGUGUGCUCCACAAAGCUCACCCAGAACGUGGGCUUGCUGGGUUUGCUGAAGUGGCGAAUGAAGCCUCAACUACUGCAGGAGAAUUUAGAGAAAUUGAAGAUUGUGGAUGGAGAGGAGGUGGUGAAGUUUCUCCAAGAUACUCUGGAUGCCCUCUUCAACAUCAUGAUGGAGCAUUCUCAGAGUAACGAGUAUGACAUCCUCGUCUUUGAUGCUUUGAUCUACAUAAUUGGACUCAUUGCUGACCGGAAAUUCCAGCAUUUCAACACCGUUCUGGAGGCUUACAUUCAACAGCAUUUCAGUGCUACCUUGGCUUAUAAGAAACUGAUGACGGUGCUGAAGACUUACUUGGAUACCUCCAGCAGAGGGGAGCAAUGCGAGCCGAUCCUCAGAACCCUCAAAGCUUUGGAAUACGUGUUCAAGUUCAUCGUUCGGUCGAGGACAUUGUUUUCUCAGCUUUACGAAGGCAAAGAACAGAUGGAGUUUGAAGAAUCCAUGAGGCGGCUCUUUGAAUCCAUCAACAACCUGAUGAAAAGUCAAUACAAAACCACCAUCCUUUUGCAGGUGGCGGCUUUGAAAUACAUCCCAUCUGUCCUCCAUGAUGUGGAAACGGUCUUUGAUGCGAAGUUACUCAGCCAACUCCUGUAUGAGUUCUAUACCUGCAUCCCCCCGGUGAAACUCCAGAAGCAGAAAGUCCAGUCCAUGAACGAGAUAGUCCAAAGCAACCUCUUUAAAAAGCAAGAAUGCCGGGACAUCCUGCUUCCUGUCAUCACCAGAGAGCUGAAGGAGCUGCUCGAGCAGAAGGACGACGGGUCCCAGCAGCAGCUGCAGGAGAAGAGGUUCUGCGUGGAGCUACUCAACAGCAUUCUGGAGGUGCUCAGCUCUCAGGAUGCGGCCUUCACCUACCACCACAUCCAAGAGAUCAUGGUCCAGCUGCUUCGCACGGUGAACCGGAUGGUCAUCACGAUGGGGCGGGAUCACCAACUGAUUAGUCACUUUGUGGCGUGUAUGACAGCGAUCUUACACCAGAUGGGCGACCAGCACUACUCCUUUUACAUUGAGACCUUCCAGUCCAGCUCCGAGCUCGUGGACUUCUUGAUGGAGACAUUCAUCAUGUUCAAGGACCUCAUUGGGAAGAACGUGUAUCCUUCAGACUGGAUGGCCAUGAGCAUGGUUCAGAACAGGGUCUUCCUGAGAGCCAUCAACAAGUUUGCGGAAAUCAUGAACCAGAAGUUCCUGGAACACACGAACUUUGAGUUCCAGCUGUGGAAUAACUAUUUUCAUCUGGCGGUGGCUUUUAUCACCCAGGAUUCCCUGCAGCUGGAGCAGUUCUCACACGCCAAGUACAACAAAAUCCUGAAUAAGUACGGGGACAUGCGACGGCUAAUUGGCUUCUCCAUCCGCGAUAUGUGGUACAAGCUUGGCCAGAACAAGAUCUGCUUCAUCCCGGGCAUGGUCGGCCCUAUACUAGAGAUGACACUCAUCCCGGAGGCCGAGCUCCGCAAAGCCACCAUCCCCAUCUUCUUCGACAUGAUGCUGUGUGAAUAUCAAAAGAGUGGGGAUUUCAAAAAGUUUGAAAACGAAAUCAUCCUCAAGCUGGACCACGAGGUGGAAGGCGGCCGAGGGGAUGAGCAGUACAUGCAGCUGCUGGAGUCCAUCCUGAUGGAGUGUGCCGCCGAGCACCUGACCAUUGCCAAGUCCGUGGCGAACUUCGUGAACCUGGUCAAAGGCCUCCUGGAGAAACUGCUGGACUACCGGGGCGUGAUGACGGAUGAGAGCAAAGACAACCGCAUGAGCUGCACUGUGAACCUGCUGAAUUUCUACAAAGAUAACAAUCGGGAAGAGAUGUACAUAAGGUACCUGUACAAACUCCGAGAUCUUCACCUGGACUGUGACAACUACACGGAGGCUGCCUACACGCUCCUUCUCCACACUUGGCUUCUCAAGUGGUCAGAUGAGCAGUGCGCCUCACAGGUCAUGCAGACAGGCCAGCAGCACCCCCAGACCCACCGCCAGCUGAAGGAGACGCUGUAUGAGAUCAUCAUAGGCUACUUUGACAAAGGAAAGAUGUGGGAGGAGGCCAUCAGCCUGUGCAAGGAGCUGGCGGAGCAGUACGAGAUGGAGAUCUUUGACUACGAGCUGCUCAGCCAGAACCUGGUCCAGCAGGCGAAGUUCUAUGAAAACAUCAUGAAAAUCCUCAGACCCAAGCCAGACUACUUUGCCGUCGGGUACUAUGGCCAGGGCUUCCCCACCUUCCUGCGGAACAAAGUGUUCAUCUACCGAGGGAAGGAGUAUGAGCGGAGGGAAGACUUCCAGAUGCAGCUCAUGAGCCAGUUCCCCAACGCAGAGAAGAUGAACACAACCUCUGCCCCCGGGGACGAUGUGAAGAACGCCCCAGGCCAGUACAUCCAGUGUUUCACCGUCCAGCCCGUCUUGGAUGAACACCCCAGGUUCAAGAAUAAGCCGGUGCCUGACCAGAUUAUAAACUUUUACAAAUCCAACUAUGUGCAAAGGUUCCACUACUCCCGGCCGGUGCGCAGGGGGACGGUCGACCCCGAGAACGAGUUUGCCUCCAUGUGGAUCGAGAGAACCUCCUUCGUGACCGCGUACAAGCUUCCGGGGAUCCUGCGCUGGUUUGAGGUGGUCCACAUGUCCCAGACCACCAUCAGCCCCCUGGAGAACGCCAUCGAAACCAUGUCCACGGCCAAUGAGAAGAUCCUGAUGAUGAUCAAUCAGUACCAGAGUGACGAGAGCCUCCCCAUUAACCCGCUGUCCAUGCUGCUCAACGGGAUCGUGGACCCCGCCGUCAUGGGAGGGUUCGCCAAGUACGAGAAGGCCUUCUUCACGGAGGACUACACCAGGGACCAUCCCGAGGACCAAGACAAGCUGAGCCGCCUCAAGGACCUGAUCGCGUGGCAGCCUGACUUUGAGGACAGGCGAGUGGGCCGCCCCCGGUCCAUGCUGCGCUCCUACCGGCAGAUGUCCAUCAUCUCCAUGGCGUCCAUGAACUCUGACUGCAGCACCCCCAGCAAGACCACCUCCGAGAGCUUCGACCUGGAGCUGCCACCCCCCAGGGCGCAGAAAGCGGAGCCGGUGGAGCCCAUCUCCCCACCGGGGAGCACGCUGCCGGAGGUCAAGCUGCGCAGGUCCAAGAAGCGGGCCAAGCGGAGCAGCGUGGUGUUCGCCGACGAGAAGGCAGCGGCCGAGUCGGACCUCAAGAGGGUGAGCGUCAAGCACGAGUUCAUGAGUGACACCAACCUUUCGGAGCAUGCGGCCGUGCCCCCCAGGGCCUCCGUCCUCUCUCAGAUGAGUUUUGCCAGCCAGUCCAUGCCCAUCAUCCCAGCCUUCACGCUCUCGGUGGCCGCUGUGCCCGGGACAGAGGAUGGCAGCCGGUCCCCCCGCCUCAGCCAGACCUUCCUCCCUUUCUCGGACGGCGACAAGCACGACAAGAAGACGCUCAAACGGAAGAAAGUGAACCAGUUCUUCAAGACGAUGGUGCGGACCUAGACGGUGGAAGAUGGGGAGGAGCUGAUGAAGCUGGUGCGGCCCCCCUACUCCUACUCGGCCCUCAUCGCCAUGGCCAUCCACGGGGCGCCCGACAAGCGCCUCACCCUCAGCCAGAUCUACCAGUACGUGGCCGACCACUUCCCUUUCUACAACAAGAGCAAGGCCGGCUGGCAGAACUCCAUCCGCCACAACCUGUCGCUCAACGACUGCUUCAAGAAGGUGCCCCGCGACGAGGACGACCCAGGCAAAGGGAACUACUGGACGCUGGACCCCAACUGUGAGAAGAUGUUCGACAACGGAAACUUCCGCAGGAAGAGGAAGAGGAAGUCGGACGUCUCGUCGGGCCCCGGGGAGAAGGCGGAGAGCGGGCUCCUGGCGGGCAGCCCCAAGAGCGCAGAUGCCCAGGACAUCUUGGAAGGCACCUCCCCGGGCUCCGCCGGCUCCCCUGAGCAGCGACCAUCCCCGGGGCCCCCGGGCACCCCAUGCCUCAACGGCUUCCUCUCCUCCAUGACGUCCUACGUGAGCGGGGCCAGCCCCGCCAGCCGCCCUGUGGCCACGCCGGGACUGAGUCCCGAGCCCACUGACAAGAUGGGACAGAACUUGGGGAACUUCAACUCCUACACCCCACUCACCAGCCUCGGCGGCCACGGGGCCGGGGGCGAAUGGGCCAACCCCAUGCCCACCAACGCUCUGGGCUACGGAGGCUCUGUCCUCAACCAGUUCAGCCCCCACUUCUACAACAGCAUCAACACGAACAGCGUCCUCUACGACUGCACAGUCCCUGAGCCACAUGGACGUGCCCCAGCUUCCCUGCAGCGCUCCUUCCGCCGCCACUGGAGGCGGGAAGCCCAGGCCAUGCCCCCGCAGAGGGGCACCAUUGUCCCAGACCCGGAGACCUCCGGCAGGGCAGGGACAGGAGUGGUGCACCCCCAGCCCCCCACCCGGUGCUCCCCACCCGCAAACCCUCGCAAAGACCAGCUCCUUGUGUGCAUGUCAUGGACCGCCCAGAAUGCCAUGGGCAUAGCCGUGAAAGGAUGUCUGCUCUCUGACAGCACAGAGCCCCUGCCAGCUCCUGUCGGUGAUGCUCGGGCAGUUCCUGGUAGCAGCGCCAGGAGCUCCCGGAAAGGGAGGUGCGAGAGGCGCCUGGUCACGCUGCUGGAGCGCGGGGCCCAGCUUGAGAAGGGGGUCUCCCUGCAUCCCUCCAUCUCCCAGCAUCUCUCCAUCUCCCAGGAUCCCUCCAUCUCCCAGCAUCUCUCCAUCUCCCAGGAUCCCUCCAUCUCCCAGGAUCCCACCUUCUCCCAGGAUCCUUCCAUCUCCCAGCAUCUCUCCAUCUCCCAGCAUCCCACCUUCUCCCAGGAUCCCCCCACCUCCCAGCAUCUCUCCAUCUCCCAGCAUCUCUCCAUCUCCCAGCAUCCCACCUUCUCCCAGGAUGCCUCCAUCCCCCAGGAUGCCUCCAUCCCCCAGGAUCGCACUGUCUUCCAGGAUCCCGCUGGCUUGGAACCCUGA